AUGGUGGCUCAGCAUGGUCCAGAUGGGCAUACAGAGCAAGCAAUUUAUUACCUUAGUAAGAAGUUCCCAGACUGUGAGACAAGGUACACAACCCUAGAGAAGACUUGUGCAGCUUUGGUUUGGGCAACAAGGAGGUUGAGACAUUACAUGUUGACCUAUUCAGUCUUUUUGGUAUCCAAAAUGGAUCCCAUCAAGUAUCUUUUUGAGAAACCCACGUUGACAGGCAGAUUAGCACGUUGGUUAUUGCCCUUAGCGGAGUUCGACAUUGUGUAUGUCACCCAGAAGUCCAUCAACGGUAGUGUCAUCACUGAACAUCUAUCCGCACAUCCAGUUGUUGAUACGAGGCCUUUGAAUGACAUAUUUCCAGAUGAAUAUGUAGUUUCUGUUGAGGUUGAAAAUGAGGUUGGCAUUUGGCAAAUGCUCUUUGAUGGAGCCGCCAAUCACAAAGGUUGCGGAGCCGGAGUUCUACUUAUAACUCCUGAAGGGUUGAACAUACCCAUGGCAUAUAGGUUGGACUUUGAGUGCACCAACAACAUGGCCGAGUAUGAAGCUUGCCUCAUGGGAUUGAAAGCAGCCAUCUCUAUUGGGGUCAAAAGAUUGGAAGUAUACGGAGAUUCGUCGAUUGUCAUAUGCCAAGUCCAAGAUUGGAGAGAUCAUCCUUCACAUCAAGGCUUCGUCAACGCCCUGACAGUAGAUGGUAGGCCUUGGUUUUCCCAUAUUGUGGAUUUUAUCAGAGAGGGGAAGUACCCUGCAGAUGCUACCCAAGGAGAUAAAAGGUUCCUGAGGCGUUAUGUCACCCAAUUCAUAUUACACGAAGAUAUUUUAUACAAGCGAUCUUUUGAUGGUGUACAACUGGUGUGCGUGGAUGAAGAUCAAGCACAGACAAUCUUGGAGCAA